GGUUGGGUACAUAAUUGGCCUUGGAGAUAGACAUCUGGAUAAUGUUCUCAUAGAUAUGACAACUGGAGAAGUUGUUCACAUAGAUUACAACGUUUGCUUUGAAAAAGGUAAAAGCCUUAGAGUUCCUGAGAAAGUACCUUUUCGAAUGACACAAAACAUCGAAACAGCACUGGGUGUAACUGGAGUAGAAGGUGUUUUCAGGCUUUCCUGUGAGCAGGUUUUACACAUUAUGCGGCGUGGCAGAGAGACUCUGCUGACACUGCUGGAGGCCUUUGUGUACGACCCUCUGGUGGACUGGACGGCAGGAGGCGAGGCUGGCUUUGCUGGCGCUGUCUAUGGUGGGGGCGGCCAGCAGGCCGAGAGCAAGCAGAGCAAGAGAGAGAUGGAGCGAGAGAUCACCCGCAGCCUCUUUUCUUCCAGAGUGGCUGAAAUUAAGGUGAACUGGUUUAAGAAUAGGGAUGAAAUGCUGCUUGUGCUUCCCAAGCUGGACAGCAGCUUAGAUGAAUACCUGAGCUUGCAGGAGCAACUGACGGAUGUGGAAAAACUACAGGGCAAACUGCUGGAGGAAAUAGAGUUUCUAGAAGGAGCUGAAGGAGUGGAUCAUCCUUCUCACACUCUGCAACACAGGUUUAAAACAGUGAUGAAUUCUUAUUUCUAAAUAUAUUCCA